AUAUAAACCCGCGAUCCGUUUGUGCGUGUGUGUGUGUGUGUGUGUGCGAACAAGGUUGCAUUCGGGAAACUACUGUAGCUCUCCGUAGGCGCCAGCUGUCACCGGGUCUCUGUGCCAGUAACCGCUGUCAUAAUCAACUUCCCUCUACCCGGCGUCUGGCCGUUACAUCUGACAGCAUCGGUACGUGCGUUCGAGGAAAAAAGGCGCAAUUCAGCGAAUUAAUCAACAGAAUUAGCUGAAUCGAAGCGUGUUCCGUUCGGGGCCCCAGUUACAGUUGCACAGGGAAGAAACUCGAAAAUUCUUCAUCGCACAUCGGAAACUAAUUAACGCGAUACGCAACAGCAAUCAAGUAGUGCUCUCCUGGAAGGUAAAGACACUUUCUACACGGUCGCCCCGUCGCUGAGCUAUGUCACCUGUCAACGUAGAUCGCUGCCAAUCGGUGCUUGUCCAUCAGCGCGAGACACAAUAAGGCAACGGUUGUAUAUCGCUGCUUUUAGACAAACGUUGUCAAAUCAUGCCAGAUAGUGCUGUGCAAGAUUGAUAUCGGAACUGUAACUGCUUUGUCGCACGGUGCGACGCAAAGAUUGGUACCGGAUUUCCAUUAAAAGUUGAAGUGCAAACGGCAGCAAUAGUAGUAUAACCGGGUACAUACUGGACACCGGCACAACUUCACCGUGUCCUUGACGACCACCUGCCGGUUCUGCGAUCUAUUGCGCAACAGUCUCUCUAACCGGGCGAAACAGAUCAAGUGAUAAUUUUAGUUGCUCACCAUUGCUACUGGUUCAUCGUUUCCGGGAAAACGUUGGCCGUGUUGUGCACAACACGGAUAAAAGUGUCGAGCAUACAGACGUGAGGGUUUGAGUGUGAAUGGUGAAUACGUACGCCAAACGGGCAAAAAGUGUAAUUAGCAAAGUUUCCACUUGAGGGUAAGCGUUACAAAACAGAAUAGAAUAAUCUGCUGCAUUAGGAAAGUGCGAAAAAUAGAGUAGUAAAUUGUACGAAGUACAUUAGACAUCGUAACACCUACUAUACUAAAGUAAGCAGUGCACCUAACUGCGUGUGCAAAAGAAGUGCAAAUAAAACGAAAAUCAGCAGUAAAAGUUGAAACCAUAACCUAUGGCGAUGAUGAUAAUGCCGGCCCGGCGCAGAAGCGCUUGCAACAGGUGCACACCAAUUGCAUCCGCCGCUUGUUGGUUGCUACUGUUGGUGAUGUUUGUUCCCAUUGCCAUCGUGACGGUCAGUGCGGAAAAUCACUGCAGCGAGCAUCGGUACGAACAUUCGCUCAACACAACACAUCUACAGUUCACGAAGGAAAUCCCCGACCGGGAGUACGGUGUGCCGGAACAGUUUAAAAGCUUGCACUGCUGCGGCAAAGGCUAUCGGAGCAUCGAAUGGUUCAAGGAUAAUAAACCACAGCCCUGGAGCAGUGACGUUUCAUCGUUCAUCGUGAAUCCGGCAGCGGCCAACCAGACGAUCUUCAGUAUCCGGCUGAAGGAGAAUGACAUCGGCAACUACAGCUGUAUAUUGCGAAACGAAACGCACGCCAUCAAACAUGAAAUCGAACUGCGGUUCCAGGAUCAAUUGGACAACCCGAUGCCUACCUUCCGGCCGAAGGAUCUGACGGUGAGCGUGGGCGAAAGUGUACGAUUCUACUGUGAGGCGUUCGUCGGCAACCUCUACCUGCCGGACGCUACCAACGAGAUCGUGUGGAAUCAAAUGUUUGACGACCAUCCGCACAACGUUAGCGAUAGUAUGCAGGUGAACGUGACUAGAGAGGAGGGACAAAUCAUCGGAUCCUACCUAUCGAUACCGAACAUCCAGACGCACCAUUAUGGGCGCUACCGGUGCCAGAUAGUUUCGGGCAAUUCGGCCCAAAAGCUAAACCUCAGCGUGCUGCUCUCGCCCGUCGAAGUGACGGCAAUCACGGACACACAGCUCUCGAUGCUGGUUUAUGUAAUGGCAACAUUGUUGCUAGUGCUAGUCAUCCUGUUUGCCUGGAUCUGCCGGACAGUACAUCAACGCACCAACAGCAAAAAGGAUAACCGCUGUUCAGCCCAAUUCAUCGCGAACAGUGAGCACGAGAACGUGUAAACGUGUGCUUAUAAUAAUGCAUCUGCGUGUGUGCGUGUGUGUUUGUUUGUUUGUGCUGCCUAGUGGUGGCCACGAUUAAAAAAAAACACCCCAGUUUAAAAAACCCCCGAACAUUCAUGUGGUUGUGGGUACAGCCGUCAGUGUUCUGAUGAGUAGACGAAGGAUCAUGAUCAUGCUUUUUUGGAAAGUUGAUUUCCAUUCGUCUUUCUCUCUCUCCCCAAAAAGUCAAACCUAGCUUACAUGUUCGUGCGACAGUUGUCGCUAUAAGAAGCAGGUGCAACGGUUUUGUAUAGUUAGUGUUUAAUGUAGAAAGGAACGUGAGCUCCCAACCGAGGCGAUGUGUGAAAAUAUUGUAUGCAAAAUGGGGGAGAGAAACAUUCCAUGUACGAUUGUUCAAACAGGCGCCAUACCAAAACUGGGACACGCACAUACACACACCCACGCGCACACAUACAAUUUCGCUGUGGCAUACAAACUGUUAUCUACUGUACAACUGCUCUAUAGUGUAGGUAAAGGUAUCCUUUCCCCCCAACUGUUGUACCCUCCCCUCCCGAGCUUUGCGUGAUGAAGUCUGGCUGGAAAAUAUCCUUCCGGGCACGUAAAAGCGAUCCCCACACAAAACUGCAUUUAAACAACAAAGGUAUUAUGAAUGAGUUUUGCUAAAAGCAAUCACUAGGAUUAAUGGGCGGUACUGUAGGGGAAGAUAGAAACACCACCACACUGAUCUCGAUCUGCUUAUUAUCACUGUUGUUGGUGUGUAGAGACUAGCGUAUAAAGCGUACAGCAGCAGCUACAGGAUUAUGAAGUAAGGGAUCUUCACGCUACGAAAUCACACAUUGUAUACGAGGCGCGGCGCUGUAACAAAGGAAUGACACACUACACAAAAGCAUCCCCACGAACGGUCCGAAGGAACCACUUUACAAAAAGAACAACAAAACUGGGGAUACGUCAAACACCGAUAAGGCUAACUAUAGCAAUAAUCAAAAAGGUACUACUACUAACUGUUUUUUUGCAUACUAUUUUCUCCACCUUCUUUGAUAGCCACACAGAAUACACACAAGCAUAUUUACAAUCCAUUGGCAUAACAGGGAAGGUACUGCUGUGUGUGUGCGCGCAAUGGUGUACGUGUGCACAAUUGCAAGCGGUGCGUUGUUUGUGUACAUAUACUAUACAUAAUGAAUAUAUCCUUCGAAAGGAUAUUAAGAGGAAUAUGCUACGAGAGACCCAUGAAAGGAGAAGAGAGGUCCCCGGAUAUUCCAUUGGGUGAGACUAGUGAUUGUAAUUGUAACGAUUAAAGCAAACAAACAAUACGUGGACAUCGGUGUGUCCCAUGCCGUUCGGGAGAUGAGAUAGAGCCAGAGCUUAAUUUAGCCGUUGCGAGAUGCGUACAGUGCUGUACACUCAACACGCGUGUGUGACACACGCCGAUGGUGAUCGCUUAAUUUAAUGACUAUUAUUUAUUAACUCCUGCUGGUGAAGUAUGUGGCGAAACAGAGAGAGCGAAAGAGAGAGAGAGAGAGAGCGAGAGAGAGAGAGAGAGAGAGAAAGAGAGAGAGAGAGAGAGGACGAAAACUACUAUACAAAUGUUGACAGCUACUUAUAAAGGUAAUAUCGGUGAGUUUAGGAUCAGUGAGGGUUGUAAGAAUGAGAACGAUCGUCAGCAGUGCGCGAUAGAGCUUUCACGACUAAAGUUUUAUGUUUUAGCAGUAGUAGGCAGUUUGUUUAUUGUAUUUGUUUCUGGAAAUAUAAAUGUAAACAUAAAAAAAUCCCGCCUCCGACGAGCUGGUGGGAGCGGCGCAUAAACGCUCAGUUUUUAUUUUGCACUGACGGCAACUGAUUUACUAAUGUACAGCAAACUAAAUCAGACAAUUUUAAUUUAAAUGAUCUCGGUUUAGGUAAACGAACAGGAGCGCGCAACGCAGUUGGUUAGGCUUAUUUUUCUAAGAUGCUUUACGGUAGAUUUCAACUUUAUCCCCUCCGUUGUUGUUUUUGUAGAACUUACUUACUAAUGGCGGUUAAUGCAGAAUGAGGCUGAUGCAGUAGCCGGAUAGAAUGCAUUCGUUUGCAAGUGAUAACCCACAAAACCAACACCUGCGGGUCUAUGCGCGAAAAAAUGCAACCCCGCCCCAAUGGUCUCGUGUUUGUAUGAGAUGAAAUCGAAUUUAAUGAACCCUUUCCUACCGUAAGCGUCCAAACAUCCAAGGCGGAUCAUUCUGUGAAGACUAAUAAACACAUACCCACACAAUUAUACAGUAUAUAGUGAAUACAAAGGGAAUGUUAUAUGAAGCAAAAAUCAUUAGCUCCUCUAAAAUACAGGCAAACUGUGCGGAGCUGUUGUUGCUCUGCUUUACUCUGCAUGGUAUCUCUUGCAAAGGGUUUUAUUUUUACCCGAAACGAUUGAAGUUAAAUCCUCCUCACGGUGUGAUUUAUCAGCGCGUUGGAUGCUGAUUUCAACACUGCAGUUGCAAAUAUUUGUCGUACUCGGUAUUCUUGAUAGCGAAUAUAAUCGACAAAAAAUCGGAUUUAUUAAAGAAGAAUAA